AUGUUGUUGCUGGUACAUAACAACUUCUGUGUCUUGUGUGCAGAACAGGCUGGCUACAAGACCCUUGGAGAGCUGUGCAAGGACACAACUCGGUGGAUGGGGAAUGAACUAUGGAAGAAGGGAGGCACGGGGCCACUGACAGACUGCUGCAGACUCAAUAACUUCUACAUCUGGAGAAUCUCAGACACAGGCUUCUAUGUCCAGCACUAUGCCAGCUCCCUCAUCACCAAUGUUGUCUCUGUGGACAGUCCCCUGGGAGCAAUGCAGAUCAUCUAUGAGCCAGAUUCACUGAGUCACAAGUUCCACCCCAAGACAGCCAAUGCCAGUCACUCCCUGUUUGUGGGUGUCUCCCCAUCACACACUUGUGAAUACCAGGCAUCCAAGUCCCGGCUAAUGAAGUUCUAUGGAGAUAAAUUUUUUGGCGGAGGUGUCGGCGGAGGAAACACUGGCAUCCUCUUAGCAUCAUUCACCUCUGGAUCUAAUAUGGCACCUCUCAUGACCUUCAGUAAUGCUGGCACUUACCCAGCACUCUACAGCUCCACACACUUUGAGGGUCUCACGUUCCACAACUUCCGUGACACCGACUGCGGGCGAGGCAUUGCUCUCAUGGUGAACCCUCAGUCAGAGGACGCCAACCACCCCGCGUUUGUCAAGGGUCUCUUGUUCCUCAACACACCACAGGAGAACUACAUGUACAUUCCUAGGCCCAACUUGAGCAGCAUUGAUCCGUCAGAGUGUGUGGAUACGGACUGUGAUGGACUAAAGAAGGUGGUGGUGACGGAUGUUGAUGGAUCUCUGCUGGGUGAAAAGGAUGCCACAGUAAUCUCUCAGGCUGACUGGGAGUGGGACGGAGAUCCUCGGAGGGGCAUUGGAGAUUACCGCAUUCCUCUUCCAAUCAGACAGAAUCCUGACGGAUCCCAGAUUGAGGCAGCUGACAAGUUUCCGAAUAAAGGCAUUGUCCGUGAUGCUUCCUGUGCUGUGGUUCCAUCGUGGCAGGCAUGGAAGUGCUUCUCGCUGCGUUGCCGCCUCAUGAUCAUUGAGAGCAUAGACACAGACACAGAGGUGUGGCGCCUCUCCCCCAUCGCCCUCAUUGCCAACCCUGCUGGAAAUUUGCCUGCGUUCCCCAAGAGGAUGGCCGAUCCAGUCCCUCAGACCAUCGAGCUGCAGCUAUGAUGUCUUAUAUUCUGCAUCCAUCUUCGUUAACAAGCUUCUUAAUCAAUCAGUCACUCAGAAUGCUUUUUGUCUUUCUGAUCGCCAGUAUGAAACCCUUGACGGACGCUGCACUGGAAUAUAUCUCAGUGGGCUUUUUUUAUUUAUUGAUUUUUUGUUGCCCUUGGUCAGUGUCC